GUUUCUGUAAUUUUGUUUAAAUUUUUCCUAGUGCUUAGCACAAUGAGUGGUAUGUGGUAAACAAGAAAAGCUCUGUCUACAGCACGUAAGGAUUUCAGAGGCCAUUUAGUCCAAGCCCUUCAUUGGACAGAUACUUAAGACUCAGAGAAGAAUACAACUGUCAAAAGUCACACAGAUGUGAAAGGCAGCAUUUGAAGCCAGCUCCUCCCACUCCAAAUGCAGGGCUCUUCCCAUCAAACCAAGUGGAUCCUAAAACCUCCCAUGGAUACUCACAGACAUGAUGUGCGAUUUUCAAACUUUGACUGGGGGUCCAUAGUCAAGCUCCUCUCUGCCUGUGGGAGCCGCCAUCGCCAUUUGUCCCACCACUAAUAGCUGGGCUUUCUUUUGUCAGAAUAUGAAACUCACAUGUGCCUCAGACCCUCACAACCACUCUGUGAGGGGGAUGGGACACUCGUCCAGAGUCAUAUUGUUCAGGUUCAAAAGGAGACCCCGACAGGUUGGGGUUGCAGACCAGUGUCGUGAGAUGUCUCAAAAGAAUCUGCAGGCUUGAACCAUCUCCAGGUCAAGGGGCAAAGUUUAUUGUAAUUGUAAUGCCAGUUUAAACAGGCUAAGUUCCAAAAGGAUUUAGCAAAAAACCAGGAGAAAGGAGAUACAUUUAUAGGAUAAAGUUAGAGAGACCAGAGCUUCCUGUUACUUAUUUGCUAAUUUUAUGGCUUACAGAUAGGUUUGAGGGAUGUCUAUUCAUUAUUGUCUCAGGAACUUGGUUAUCACUGACCAGCAGAUUAUCUCUCUGACAGUCAGCAAUGGUUGUAGGACUAUUCUAGGGCCAGAAGACUUUAGAAUCAUAGACAUUACUAGAACCAUAGCACUCUAAGGUCAGGGGGCCUCAGGAUUACUGCUAUAUUUCCCCUAGAAGCUGUACCCUAUCAAUAUGGCUGAUAUAGAACAGAGCCGGAUCAAGAACUCAGGUCUGUUCACCAAUUGGCACAACACUCCUGCCAAUCUCCUUCACCUUCAUCACUGUAGCCACACACCUGAGAGGGCCAGUAGUCAAGAGAGAGUUGUUCGUGGGCUACUUCUUAGUAGGAUGGGCAGCUUCUCUUGUGUGACUAAAGCUCUGCUUAUUUCCCAGAAAACUCUCCUUUUCCAGGGUCUGAAGGAUCAUGAGGUACGUCAGUACCCGGGGAGGAAGCCCCAGUGUUGACUUUGAAGGAGCCUUGUUCUCAGGCUAUGCCCCUGAUGGGGGCCUCUAUAUGCCUGAAGAGAUCCCCAAGCUGGACAGGGAGACCCUGAAACAAUGGAGCACUCUCUCCUACCCUGACCUGGUGAUCGAGCUGUGCUCUCUCUUCAUUGACCCAGAGCUCAUUCCAAAGAAAGACUUGAAGGGUCUGAUCGACAGAGCCUUUAGCAGGUUCCGACACAGAGACGUCGUUCACCUGAGCAGGAUGAAGAAUGGGCUGAAUGUGCUGGAACUGUGGCACGGUGUCACCUACGCCUUCAAGGACCUGUCUCUGUCCUGUACGGGACAGUUCUUACAGUACUUUCUGGAGAAAAGGCAGAAACAUGUCACCAUUGUCGUAGGGACUUCUGGAGACACCGGGAGCUCAGCUAUAGAAAGUGUCCGUGGAGCCAAAAACAUGGACAUCAUUGUUUUGUUGCCUCAGGGACGUUGCUCCAAGAUCCAGGAACUCCAGAUGACCACAGUGAUUGAGGAGAAUGUGCAUGUAUUUGGGGUGGAUGGUAACAGUGAUGAACUGGACGAGCCCAUCAAAGAUGUGUUUGCAGAUGUGGCUUUUGCCAAGAAGCAUAACCUGAUGAGUCUGAACUCCAUCAACUGGUCCCGGGUCCUUGUGCAGAUGGCUCACCAUUUCUUUGCCUACUUCCAGUGUGUGCCCUCCAUGGACAUCUGCCCCCUACCCCCCGUGGAGGUGGUUGUGCCGACAGGGGCUGCCGGCAAUCUGGCGGCGGGCUGCAUUGCGCGGGAGAUGGGCCUGCCCAUCCGUCUGGCUGCAGUGGUGAACCAGAAUGACAUUAUCCACCGGACUAUCCAGAAGGGGGACUUCUCACUCUCAGGGAUCACCAGACCGACCUUGGCAUCAGCCAUGGACAUCCAGGUGCCCUAUAACAUGGAGAGGAUUUUCUGGCUGCUCUCGGGCUCAGACAGCGGGCUGCUCAGGGCCCUCAUGGAGCAAUUUGACAGAACCAAGAAGCUGUGUUUGCCAAGAAAGCUCCACGCCAAGGUUUCAGAGACGAUAAGCUCCCUGUCGGCUUCAGACGAGGAUGUCAUUCAAACCAUGCAGCGAUGCUGGGAGGAGAACCACUACCUGCUCUGUCCACACUCGGCCGUGGCCGUCUCCUACCACUACCAGCAGCUGGCCUCUGGACAGCCCAGCUUGCCCAGAUGCUGUCUGGCCCCCGCCUCGUCCGCCAAGUUUCAGGACGCCGUCCUCCAGGCCCGGCUGGUCCCCGAGAUUCCCAGAGACAUCCAAGCGCUGGAGCACAUGAAGACUCGGUACGCUCCCCUUCGGAGAGGCGAGGACUGGACCCAGCAGCUCCGCAACAAGAUUGAGGACCUUUCCCAGCAGAGGAGGGGGCCGUGAGCGCUUGGGGGGACUUCCCCUGUCCUUUUGGUUCCAGAAGUCACGAGACCUUCCCCAUGGGAGAAGUGAUCAUUUUCCUAUUGUAUUAAUAAUCAAUUAUUAAAUUAGGGUUUAAUGGGACCAGACAUUGGUCCCUGGAGGUUGUUUAGCCAGCCUUGUCCUUCAGAGACAAGAUGCUAGCUGUGUGGCCCUGGUCAAAAUCAUCCAACCCCCGUCUGCCUCAAUUUUCUCUUCUGAUGGUGUGUCCCAGGAGACACCAAGCACAUAGAUAGGGGCAUAUAGAAUAAAGGUAAAGAAAAUUAGACCCACUGUGUGUUAGGCCUUGUGUAAGCACUUAGGGAUAAUAAAUUCAAAGAAUGAAACAUUUUUGUGAUUAAGGAGCUAGUGGUGUGUCCCAGGAGACACCAAGCACAUAGAUAAGGGCAUAUAGAAUAAAGGUAAAGAAAAUUAGACCUACUGUGUGUUAGGCCUUGUGCAAGCCCUUAGGAAUAAUAAAUUCAAAGAAUGAAACA